GGGCUUGACAAUAACUAGGUACCUUAGUUACAGACGGCUUGAAACUCGGACCCUUCAGGCGAGAGACAGACGCCAUUAGACCCUUUUUUUUAUUUAGUCAAGGAUGCACUUUCGCAUUUCUUGCCCUAUGAAUCAUUCUUGAUCUCUAGGCCAACACGAUAUGGCACUCCGGCGCCCGCAUCGCAAGUCUCGACACGGCUGCCUAGAAUGUAAGCACCGACGGGUGAAAUGCGACGAGCUGCGGCCUGUUUGCUCCAAUUGCGCGAAGCGCAUGUCGCAGUGCAAGUAUGAUUCUGCGACUUCUCUGCUUUGGACCAACGAUGAAUUGCGCCCUCGUCCCCGACCGAACCAGUCGGGCUCUGAAGGGCCUCGGGAGGCUGAAUCCACCUUCUCAACGACUGCCAAUUCGCUCCGCAUCCUGGGCAAAUUGAACGGUGAUGAUAAGCCUCAGUCAGUGGCGCGUCUCAAUCUAAGUGACCUGGAACUGAUGAUGCAUUGGUGCAAUUCAACCUAUAAGGCACUUUCGCGCAUCGGAAAAACGGACGUGAUCUGGCAGGCCCGUGUUCCCGAGGAAGCUUUAUCCCACCCUUUUCUCAUGCAUGGCUUAUUAGCAUUGUCAGCCAUCCAUCUAGCACGAACAAGAGACGAGGUCAAACGCGCAGCAUACGUGAGCAUCGCUGUAGCACAUGAGCAUCAGGCUCUGGCUUUUUUUCGCGAGCAAUUGAGCGACAUUAACGCAUCAAAUGCUAAAGCAAUGUUCGCCUUCGCUAGCGUUGUCGUGGUCUACACCUUCGGAUUUCUUCAUCCUUCCCAUGCCCCGGGAACGGACGAUCCAUGGGCCUGCAUCAAUGGCAUUCUGCAGGUAUUUACAUUGGCGCGCGGCGUGCAACAGAUCCUAGACAAGGCUACAUCAACUAUACGAAACAGUGAUUGGGCCGCUCUCUUUCAACUAGAUGACUAUGAUGAUGUUCUUCCGGAGGACGAGCGGUUGGCCCUGGACCGACUGCAUGAGGUGAAUCAAGUCUGCAAAGGCCAGGAUCCAGCUCAUGAUUUGACCACCUAUGAGCAUGCAAUCGAGAAUCUGGCGGACCUCAUGGCAGCCGCGCAUCAGGGUGUAACGUCCGUGAGACAGGCGUGCAGAUGGGCGAUGAGAUUAAGGACCGAAUUCUUACAACUGCUUCAGGAACACCAACCACUAGCACUUGUUGUCGUGGCUUAUUACUGUGCAAUUCUCCAUCGCCUUCGGGAUGUAUGGUUCGUUGACGACUGGGGCAUCCGGGUCCUGAAAGCGAUCUGGCAGGUCUUGGAUGAUCAGUGGCGACCGUUGCUCGAUCAACCCAUGGUAGGCACGCUUGGAGACAAGUCUGUUUGAGCUUCGUCUUAGCGAGGAUUCAGCCGCCGGCACAAUUGGUGGGCCCGAGAUCUGGAUCUUCAGCCUUACUGUUGCCGUCAGUGCUCUUGUAUCAAAGAAUCACGCCUGUUAGAAAUGAGGAUCACUUCACGGAAACCGGCAGUCACAGUACCUAUAUU